AGUCUGACACGCGCUUGUUAAGGCAGGAUGGUGGUGGUGUGGAGGGCGGCCCUGAGUGUGUGGGUGUUGGUGCUGAUCCACGUUGUCUGCGGCCAGGAAGCCUUCUACCAGAACUACGCUUAUACCAAGGUGAUGGGAGAGUGUCUGGGAGAGAGAGUGUACCAGGACUACCUACAGAGGGUGGCAGUAGCGAGGAGAGAGUGUAAUACCCAAACCACGACACACAAUAGGCCUCCUGGAUCGUCUCGGCUCACGCCCUUCGCCUUCAACUUCCCUCAGGGAGGGACGGUGCAGCAGCCUGGAGUAUUUUCCCAACCACCUGGAGUAUUUUCCCAACCACCUGGAGUAUUUCACCAACAACCGGUAUUUUCCCAGCCAUCUGGGGUAUUUUCACAACGGCCUGGGGUAUUUUCCCAACCACCUGGGGUAUUUGCUCAGCAACCUGGGGUAUUUUCCCGUCAGCCGGGAGUAUUUUCACAGCAACCUGGAGUAUUCUCCCAACCGCCAGCACUGCAGGGUGAGGGCGGCUCCCCCCAGCAGGUGCUCCACCCAGGGUCCUUCAUACCCUCAAGACAAGGCCUCCCCUUCGGCCCCCGCCUCCCUAACUUCCGCCAAAAGCGGGCCCUGGUGCUGGGGAGGUCAGAGAUACAAGACGCCAUGAAGAAGGUGUUGGCGUUGGUGGGUAACUUCACCUGUGUUCUCACCAGACUGGGAGUGGUUAACAAGGAGCUGGAUAUUAACUUUGAGGGAUUGGCAACCAACGUGUUCAACCAACCUGUUGCUGUCCCCUUGAAAAAUGACCUGAUCUCUGCUAUUGAGUACUGUAGGGAUAUGGCGCUAUGUUUACCCCUUGAGAAGCAACAGUCAGCCGUCCCGCACCAGCUACAGCGUCUCAAGGCCUUCAUCAAGUGUGAGAAGGAGGAGCGACUGUCUGCCUGCCUCAAACACGACCUCAGGAAGAACGUACACCGAGUCGACCUCAGCCUCUUGCCUAAUAAUGGAGGGAGAACGGAUGACUUGGAGACAUUGUUCAGUUUGUUAGUUGGCGCCGAGUCUGCCAAUGAAUUAGAAUUGAUCUAGAAAGAGAAAGACAGAGAAAACGAGAGGAUUAGAAAAAGGAAUUUGUGUACGUUGAGUCUAACUAUUAACAGUGCGUAACAGAGACGUGACCGAUCGCCCAAGCGGCUAACGACCCGAUCAGUGAUGAAGAGGAUAAAAGUAAAUGCUCGUUCUCUGAGCUGACUGGAGACUAUAAACUAUUAACUGGUCUAAACUAUCUCUUAUAUACAAAAAGCUGUCUAACUAACAGGAACUGGUCUAAGCUGGUCCCCACACCGGGGAUCGUUAUAACAUCUGAAUUCUCUAUAAAACUACUUCGUUACAGAAUAUCUAAGUUACCCCGACACGUUUUCUGUAAUACACUCAUUUUCAUCUUUUCUUAGAUGGAUAGAUAAAUAGAUAGAUAGAUAUAUAGAUAGAUAGAUAGAUAGAUAGAUAGAUAGAUAGAUA